AUGGCUACUAAUAGAGUACCAGAAGUGGUUCCUUCUCCACCUGAAGACAGUGAAAAACUCAUGAACGCUUUCAAGGUGCUAUGUUUCCUUUUCCUUGAUUUUGUUUACGUGAAUACAUGCAUCAUGCAUUAUGCUUUAGGGGUUUGUUGUUUUGAAGGACUGGGAACAGACGAGAAGGCAAUAAUUAGGGUGUUGGGGCAAAAAAAUGCAAGCCAAAGGAAGAAAAUCAAAGAGAUGUUUCAGCAGAUUUACAAGAAGUCCCUUAUAGAUUUUCUCGAUUCUGAAUUAUCUGGUGAUUUUGGGAGAGCUGUGAUCUUAUGGGCAUAUGAUCCUCCUGAAAGAGAUGCAAGACUCGCAAAUAAAGCCCUGAAAUCGAGGAGGAAAAAUAUCACGGAGUUAGAAGUACUGGUAGAGAUGGCUUGCACAUCAUCACCUCACCAUCUGGCUGCCGUAAGGAAAGCAUAUUGCGCUCUAUUUGAGUGUUCUCUUGAAGAAGACAUCAUAUCUAAUGUCUCUCUGCCUGUGCAAAAGGUCUUGGUCAGACUAGUAAGUUCUUAUAGAUAUGAUAAAGAAGCAGUGGAUUCCAGCAUUGCCAAAGCUUCAAUUGUUGGGCUUGGGACUGAUGAGGAUUCAUUGACUAAAGCCAUUGUAACUCGAGCUGAAGUCGAUAUGAUGAAAGUUAGAGGAGAAUAUUUUAACGCGAACAAACCGAGCCUUGACAAUGCUGUAAUGGAGACACCGCAGGGGACUCACUUGAGUCCCUCGCUUCCAACAUAAUUUCAAAGGAAUA